AUGGGGGAAAGCGGUGGCGACGUUAGAGAGCAGAGGGAGGAGAUUUCCCUUCUAUCUGAAGAGCUCAUGCAAUUAUCUGUUAAAGGUUUGAAGGUGGUUCCAGAUGAAAAACCAACCCUAAUAUGCACAAUUUGGACAGGUAAACUUUACAACCCUGAAAGUUUUAAAGCGCAGAUGAGGAGUGUGUGGAAAACAAAGAAAAAGUUUGAAAUUCAAUUGGCAGGACAUAAUUUAUAUUUGAUUAUGUUUGAAUCAGAAGAAGAUCUGGAGUUGAUCAUGGAGGGUAGACCAUGGCUUUUUCGAAAAAGUUUAAUCUUAUUUGACAGGUUAACUCAUUCGGUGAAAAGAUCAAAGAUAUGUCUUAAUUCAUCUCCGGUCUGGUUAAAGAUAGGCCCAUGUUUACCAGAAUUUGAUAAAAAGGAUUUAUUACAUGCUAUAGGUGUUACAUUUGGAGGAGUCAUUAGAUCUGAAAUUAGUGGAGAGUGGUGUCGUCUCAAAAUAAAUCUGAAUGUACAGAAACCGCUUCGAAGAGGAAUCUUUGUUUCAUCAGAUAAUAGGAAUCAAUGGUGGAUUUCGUUUAAGUAUGAGAAAUUACCUUUAUUCUGUUUUGGUUGUGGACGGUUGGGCCAUGGACUUCGUAAUGUAGUGUCUUGA